CAGGCAGGUAGAGAGCUUGAAUGUUGACAGCUUGAGGUAAGGUUUAUGUCAGUUGAUUAACAGACAGUACCGUGAUCGUUUGCAGAAUACAUUGCAAAAAUCUGAAUUUUAUUUCUUAACGAGCUCACCAGUAGAUUUUUUCGUAAUAAUGCAUUCAUAGUUAAAAGUUUGAGCUGAAAGACGUAUUUUACUCGUAAUUAAUAAUAAAUUCAAUUAUUUCCUCUGAAAUUGCCAAUUAAGCGUGUCUCACAUUUCCACUUUAGCCAUGUUCCUGUUUGUUUUAAUAAGUACACAAAUUUUCCUGGGGAGCAUAGCUUCCGUGCAGUGUGUUCCCUUGCCAUUAAUAAUUCCGGGUAAUUAUGGACUUGACGUAGUUAAUGAAAAUGGUGUCGGAGGGGAGAGCGUGAAAGGUCAGAGGCAAGUCCAGCGUCCAGAUUACCCGAUGGGGAGAAAUGGGCAUCUCGAAGUUCCCAUAAAUCCGAACCCGUCACCAUUCCAAAGCAGCAUGAAUAAUCUAGUCAACUCGCUAACUUCCUCGGUUCGUGGCAUCAUUCAAACCGGGCAACACGGUCUCCUCCGCGCGAUCGGAACUGUGGACAGAACAGUCAACGAUGUCCAAACGGCCGCAGAGAAUUCCACGUUCGCCUUAGUUUCCGAGGGGCAAAAGGCCUUUGCCAAAAUAUAUGACCAGACGCCACAACAAGUCAACAGAUUCAUUCAACGGAUCGGAACAGUGCGAGAUAACCGAUUGUACACACAGUUUAAUGAUUUAGUAAAUCAGUGGAGAGACAACAGGAAUAAAUUGUAUGAGACUUUUACACAACACGGACACGAAGUCCAUGAUGUACUUCAAAAUGCGUUUUACGGUGCCAACGAGCAGUUGGGGGUUCAAAAUCUGCCUAGAAUGAAGCUAGGGUGGUACACUAACUAACUAACAACUGAUUUUAUUGUUUAUUCCUAUUAUCGUCCCAAAAUAUGUAUGUAAACGUUGGGAAUUUUUUAAUCAAAUGUAUUUACAUGUGUUAUUACUACAUACUUAUCAUUAGUUUGUAUUCAUCCGUGUUUGAGGCCUUUAAAAAAAUUGAUACUACUUCGCCCGUCAGUAUUAAUCAGGAGAAUCUCAUUGACACUAAUUUGAUGUACGAAUUUAUGCAUCUGUCCACUCCACAAGUGAUUUUUGACGCGUUGAUGAAACCUAUAAGAAUAUGUACGUUUUGUAGCUACAUAAACUUGCGCUAUAUUUUAUUUUAGACGUACAGAUUUGUCAAUAGAGAAAACAUCGGAAACAUUGUAAUUUCUUGUAAUUUUCAUAUUUUAUAAAUAGUAUUAAAAUAGUGAAAAGGUGGGUAGAUUUUUAUGCGGAAUUGUCUCCGAGUAAGCUUUAAAACAUCUUCUUCUUCAUCUGACAUUAUGUAAAUAUGUAUAAAGUCACAGAGAACUUGACAAUAAAAUGGUCCAGCAUUUAUUAAAGUACUUAUAACAUGAAUAUGUAAAUGAGCCACAUUAUGUAUGUAUGUAUGUAAAUAUGAGUGGUAAGUGUCUCGAAUAAAUGAGAUGAAUUAGGCC